GGUGCUCACCUCGCCAUGGGCUGGCCUCGAACUCAUGACCUCAUGGUCAGAGUGAUUUAUUGCAGCUGCUCAACAGUCUGCACCACAGCCCGGCCCCAAAUUUUUCCCAAAUUAGCAUAACCAUUUUAUUCAGUUUCAGUGAAUUCUGAGUUGUUUUUGCAAGGGGCAGUUCUGCUGUUACUGUAAAGAUUAACAAAAAUGUAUUUACUUCCUAAAAAUGAUCUGAAGCAAGAUCUAUCUGCACUGAAGGAUAUGGCAAGACACUUACUGGCUAUGAGAAAUAUUUAUGUGCAAUACAACAUGAAGGGGAAGAUAUUCAGAAGAGCGGAAACUGUCCACAGUCUUCGUUGAGCAAGACAAUUAAUCGGCAGGCCCUUUGUGGGCACAAGCAGUCGCUGCAAUGCUUGGUCUUGCCUUUUCCAUAUCAUGCUCUCUCUUCAUCCUGUUUUCACUGGCCUCCAAUGCUGCUUCCAAAGAUGACCUUGCGGUGGACACCAGCAGUGGCCCUGUCAAGGGUAAAACUCUCACCGUUGGCUCUGGCUCUGUGAGAGCUUAUCUUGGCAUCCCCUAUGCUGAGCCUCCCUUGGGGAAACUGCGAUUCCAGAAGCCUCUUCCACAUCAACCAUGGAAUCAAAUCUUUGAGGCCACCGACUUUGGCAAUGCCUGUCCUCAAUUACUUCUAACUCAAACACCUGAGGCAAAAUUGUGGAAUCCUAAUAGGCCCCUGUCAGAAGAUUGUCUCUUCCUCAACAUCUGGGUGCCCCAUCCACAGCCCUCUGUACCAAUUCCCAUUCUUGUCUGGAUACACGGAGGGGGCUUUGUUGCAGGUACAAGUUCUCUGGAUUUGUACAAUGGAGCUUCUUUAGCUGCAACUGAGAAUGUCAUUGUGGCCUCCAUGAAUUACCGCCUGGGGGCUCUGGGCUUUCUUUCCUUGCCACCAGCCAUCCCAGGAAACAUGGGUCUGUGGGACCAACACCUGGCCCUGACCUGGAUCAAGCAGAAUGCAGCUGCCUUUGGUGGAGAUCCAAGGCGGGUGACGAUUUUUGGUCAUAGUGCUGGAGCAGCCUUUGUUGGCUUCCAUCUCCUCUCAUCCAAAAGUGAGUCCCUUUUUGCCCAAGCUGUGCUUCAGAGUGGAGCCCCCAAUGCCAUCUGGGGUUGGGUGAGUCCUAAGAAGGCCAAGAAUAACUCCUUUGAGCUUAGCCAGCUGCUGGGAUGUGGAGAAGGCAAUGAAAAUGAAAUUGUGAGUUGCCUUCAGAAAAAAGAUGCAAUGGAAUUUCCUCAGUACGAAACAUCUCUGUUUCAGAAAAAUAAUUAUAUUUUGGAAUUCAUCUUUGCACCAACAACAGAUGGGGAAUUUUUGACUGAUGAUCCUCAGAGUCUUUUAAACUCUCAGCUUGUGCAGACCAAACCUAUUCUCACUGGUGUCACCUCAGAUGAAGCGGCUUCCAUGCUGGCUUUUAUUUUUCCUGGAAACAAUCACAGCCUAAUCACUCGGGAACAAUUUCUAGAAACAUUAAGAAAUACAGUACGAAAUGCAACUGAAGAAGAUAUUCAGGCUGUGGCCCUGAAGUACACUGAAGAAAGUCAUGGCCUGGCAAAGUACCGUUCAGCCUUGGUGCAAUCCUUGGGUGAUUAUUUCUUUGUAUGUCCUGCAGCCGAAAUUGCUGACCAGAUGAGAAAAGCUGGGAGUCCUGUGUAUGUUUAUCUUUUUACACAUCACACCUCUGGCACUGUCUGGCCUGAGUGGGCAAAGGCAACCCAUGGAGCUGAAGUCAUUUAUCUGUUUGGAAGCUUUAAGGCAGCAUUGGAGGCCAACAAAACACACACAGAGGCGGAUGCAGCGCUCAGCCAGAGAAUAAUGCGAUAUUGGGCAGAGUUCGCCAGAACUGGGAAUCCCACAGGAUCAGAGAAGAAAGAAGUGGAGUGGCUGCCUUAUAACCCUACACAGCAGAACUUCUUCCAUCUUAGCACUGAGCAAGCUCAGGUUAUGCCGGUAUCGCCUGCUCGACACUGUGGCCUUUUUGCUACAAAUCGAAGUGAGGCCAGCUCCAUCAUAUGUUGCAUAUCUCUGUGGGCCAUGAUGCUGAUGUUUCUAAUAAGAUUAAUUGUGUUGGAUUAGCUAAUAGCUAUCUUUAUAUUAUCAUAUGUGUUGUAAUGGGCUUGGUCCUCUCUUAUGUUCCUGAGUAAGAGAGGGGACCUCAAAAUUCUAUCAACUGCUACUACUUACUAAUCUACCCACUUAUUUAAGCUGCAUCUAUGCUGUAGAAUUAAUACAGUUUGACAUUGUUGUCCAAAUUAGGCUCCAUCCGCAAGGUGCCAGGUUUCAAUAUUUCUCAAUCAAAACACGCAGAGAUGAGGGCAAAAUCAAAGGUCAAUUUUAUUGCUUCAUUGAUCAAGGAAGGAUGUUAGGGAAGAGAGAGAAUCCUAAAUCUGACAUACCUUCUGUUAUUGGCUGUCAGUAUUGUGUGGUGGACUUUGUUCUAAUUGACACGAAGUUACAGUCUAUUUUCUUCUUGGUCUAAUCUGCCUUCAUUGUUGUCAUAUUUUACAACUGUGAUCGCUGCACUGUGUAUGGAAGGAACUUUAAUAAAGCUUUAUUGGAGAAAAUCUGUCUUUGUUGCUUUGCUGUUUUCAGUCUUCUUUUCCAAUGGCUGGAGGGCUUUCUGGGAGAGGAAAUGAAUAUUUGCUUAUGACAAUAGUGACAAUGGUCACUGGUGGGUUAUCUGGCUGGAAUGGCGCUUAGGUGGUGGGACUUCCUGUUUUUUCCUAAGUGGGAUAAUGGGGAUCUGGGUUGUGGUUGGCCUUUGAAUCCCUUAAAUGAUCAGCUGCCAGUUGACAUCCUUAUCCAUUGUGCUCUGCCCAAGUGUGUUCUGGGAGACUAACC